AUGAUCAGUAUCUUCGUGGCCGAAUAUAACAGAUGGGCAAAUGAAAAACGAAGAUCGAAGCUUCAUGAAACACCUCCCUCAACUCCUACCGGCGAUGUCGAAAAGGCACUCAUGGCAAUGCAAAAUGGCCCCCCUGGCGAGAUUACCAGGUGCAUGGCUGCGAUUGUUGGAUAUCGUGAAGAUCCCGAUCUCUUCUACCGCGCUUUAGAAAGCUACAAGGCGACAGAAGGCCUUGACUUCACUUUAGUGGGAGUGGAUGGGGAUCAAGCAGCCGAUAUGGAUAUGGUUCGCGUUUUUCAAAUGGUCUAUCCCAAAAAUUCCGCAGUAAUCCACCUGGAUGAGCCAUUCGGUGAAAUUGCCAUGCGAACAUACAGCAAGCUUGUUGACCCCGACAUGUGCUCACCAGAAGAUAUUGAAUAUUGCAACGAGCUUACAAUUGCUCAUUGCUGUCAGCUUGCUCGCGAAAUCUUGCGCGAGCACGAUAUCCAAUUAGACAAGACUCAGCCAGGCGGUGGAAUCACAAAACUUUGCAUAUACGAACCACACAUGCACAAGAAAGCAAUUAUGUUUACGUCGUUUAUCUUUUCAAUUGUUAUUUCCGAAGUCUUAGACGUUGAAUUCAUGUGGUCCUCGGAUUCCGACACUAUUGUCCUCCCUGAUUCACUGCAAAAGACUAUUGCGACGGUUGCAGGAGAUGAGAAUGCCGGAGGAGCCAGUUCCGGUCUGAUCGUUCACAAUGAGCACGACUCUUUAUGGACUAAGCUUGGCAGCGCAGUGUACUGGUGUGAACUAUAUUUGACGAGAUCUACUUCGGCUUCAUCAGGGACGAGUGAUUGUCAGAGUGGACCCAGUACCGUAUUCAGAAUAUCCACAUUGCCUGGAGUACUAUACUGCUGGUAUACACAAAAGGUCUUGGGCAAACGGAUGAUUGUGAAUGAGGACCGCCAUUUGACGACUAAUCUUUUACUCCGUGGGUGGACUGUUACCUAUGUAUCAGAUACCCUAACUGCAACCGAUACGCCCACCACUCUAAGCCGAUGGCUUCUUCAGCAGGUCCGCUGGGGUCGAGCAACCCAUAUCGAAACUUUCCAACAACCGAAAGUCUAUCUUUUGAACCAUCCCGUUUUCUUUUGGGCCGCCAUGAAGAGAGAAGUCGGUCCACUGAUCGUCUUUUUCUCAAUCUUGUACUACUUGAUUACCGGCCAUCCCUUUGUCUACUUUUGCUGGUGGGAUUUGGUCUUCCGUGCAGGCUACACUAUCAUCUACAACUGGCUUCGCAAUCCUGACCGUGGUCCAACAAAUGGUUUUGCCUGGAUCGUACCUGCCCUGUUAUUCUACAACCUACCUCUACCUGCUAUUCAAGUCUGGAGUAUGGCCACCGUACUUGAAGGCGGAUGGGGCACUACCAUGCGUUCGAACGGUGAGAUGUCCAAGCAGAACCAAAGCCAAUUGUGGAAACGAUGGCAUGAUCUCGGUCGCGCUGCUGUCCGUCGCACCCCGGUGCGCAAAAGUCGACGAAUGAACAACGGGACUUCAGCAACCGACAUUAUCACCUAUAUCGGUAUUCCACUCGCGGUACUUGGCGUCCUUCCGAUCCUAUAUUCGUUCAUUCGUGCCAUAGUCGUUCAACGUUCGAUCCGGCGCACCCUAUACCGCCAUGGCUUGCUCGAUUCUUCCAUCACGCGCGGCAGUUUGAUGGAAGGUAUAGUCGAAGUCGAACUUCCGCGAUGCACUAUUACUCCAUUAGAUCGAGACGAGGAUCCCGAAUACUGGAAGUUGAAUUCGCACCAGGUAUUCUUAAAAGGCGGCAGUUGGUCCGUAUUCAACUGGAAUACCUUGGUUACUGGGAGACAGCUUGUGCGAUGUCAAUACAAAGACGAGCUCAGAGUUCCCGAAGCGGACAUUGACUUUGAAGAUCUGAUCGCCUUUCUGCUAGACCGUGGAGCUAUUCCCGACCCAAAAGGAUGGCGCCUGCUCAAGUCGAUAGGCUUGUGGACACCGACCGGUACUGCCUUGCUUUUACCACCCAGAGGAAUGCCAGGGACUGUUCUCAAAGUCGCAACGCCAGACAACGCGGACGGUCUGUUAAGUUUACAGGUCAAUUGGAAAACAGAGUGGGACACUAGAGGAUCUUUCAGUUUACCCCCGUUCUGGGUGAGGUUGAAGCAACCUGGUUGCGGCAAGUUGUUGGCCGAUGGAAAAGAAACAAUGGGCGAACCUGAAACUUUUGAGAUUCAGGACGACCUUACGGAAUCCCAAGAAACUCAUGAGCCUCGGACCCAGGACAUAAGUCGCGACAGCACACUUGUCACCGAAACCGAAACAACGCCGGAAAUAUCAGCCUCUCAGCCCCUUGUCAAACUGAUUGAAGAAGGGAAACUACACAUCACCACAACACCUAAUGAUAGCUUCCGCUUCAAACUGGAUGGCAACCGUGUGCAAAAAGUUCUUUUUGAAGAUGAGGAAUUACCUACGGGAGAGAUCCGCGAAAUGGCCAGUGCAGGUGACACAGCCAACAUAUGGUUCAUUUCCGCUGCAUCGUCAUUGAGCCAAAGCCUGGAAUGCGAACUCUGGAAUUUCACCAUUCCGAAUCAAAUAACAAGUUUUGUCAAGCGCAAGUCUGUGCCCUGUGGUGUGAUGGUGCUUCUGGGCAUACUUAACGACGACGACGUGCCUCCAUGGUCGUCACCGCCGCCUUCCCUUCACGAAAGUGCACAUGAAAUGGGCGAACGAAUGCGAAAAGACAUGUACGAGCGACAAUUAGAGAGCGCUAUGCCUCCAGCACAGGCUGCUGAGGCACGCCGUGUCAGAAUGAUGCGGAGCGCCAAUGAAUUUCAUAACCAGCAUAUCGCUCGUCAAAAGGCCUUGCAAGAAUAUGAGGACCGACGGCUAAUCGAAGCUAUUCAAUCGUCACGCUUGGAGAAUGGUACGGUUGCGCAAGCUACAUUGGCAUACCUCGUUGCUGAAAAGGUUGUUCCUGAAGAAUACACCAUUAAGGAUCUCGCGAUCGCCGUUCUAUACCUCAUGGUUGUCGAUAACGCAAAAGCUAAGCUCAUUGGAGAUAUUCUGGAGCGGUGGGCUCUCUGGAGCCAAUUCGGAGGAAUGCAGAAGGUACAAUUGGAGCUUCUGAUCAAGAACAAAGUUGCAUUUUGUUACGCGGCGGCACUUGUCGCUGUUGUUUACCACGCAGAAUCGGGAGAUAGUAACCCAUCAACGGAUAUGCUUGAAUGCCUCAAAUCAUGGAAGAGGGUGAGGCUUGGCUGA